AGCUCUGUUUUUGCGUUCACUGUUGGAGUUCAACAGUUUUAGGUGCUUUGUUUCUUCGCUGUGCGUGACAUGAAUAGGUCCCGUGUUCAGGUCGGCCCUGUUGGAGAUAGUCGAUGAACUUCCACCGACGAAAAGCAGCUGCGUAUGGAGGACCAGGGGGCGGCCAAAAUCAGGAGGUUGGACCACCACCAAUGCCUUAGCGACGCACUCGAGUUCUCCCCAUUCCAAAUGGGCGACCUUCCGGAGGAAAUUCAGCAUUUGGUAUUGUCCCUACAGUCACCAAAAGAGGCUGCAAGGACAAGCAUUGUAUCAAGAAAGUGGAGAGAGGUCUGGACACGGUACCCUAAUUUAUGCUUUGAUGGCACUGAAGAUGGGCCCACUGAUGAGGAUAGUGUCAAAAUAAAAGGAGCAAAGUUCAUUGAGACAGUAAAUUCUGUUAUUCAGAAGCACACUGGUACUAGGCUCAAUAAGUUCAGCAUCAGGUGCUACCUUGAGAAGAACUGCUCAGAUCAUCUUGAUAGGUGGGUAUACUUUGCCACUGCAUCAAAGUCGGCCAAGAUUAUAGAUAUCAACCUGGGGCCACAAAGGAAAGAUAUAGGACCUACCAAAGAGGUUUAUCAUUUCCCUCUCCAGGCUUUAGAUGGUCUAGAUGGCCCUUUUGUCCAAUCCUUGUUUCUCACUAAUGUUUCUAUAAAGCCACGUUCGGAUAUAUGUGGCUUCAAGAAACUUGUGAAGCUUCAUUUGCACUGUGCUGAAAUAAUUGGAGAUCUUCCAGAAUUGUUACUAAAUUGCCCUAUUCUUGAGGACUUAGAGCUCAUUGCAUGCUCUGGUGUCGCAGAGCUGAACAUACCACACCCACUCGAUAAACUUAGACAUUUGCUAAUUUGCAAUAUGAGUCUCAAGAUGGUUGAUUUUCAGGUUACUGGUCUUACUCAUUUUGGGUACCAAGGGUUUGUGAUUCCCAUAUUGCUUCAUGGUUGCUCAAAUCUAGAGAAGGUAACCAUUACAUUUUUUCGGAUGCCAUUGGCUGAACAAGUCAGUAACAAAGGAUUCGUCUGUGCCAUUGCUGGAAUUAUUCCCAGUAUUUCAGCAGUCAAGGAGCUACAUGUAUGUGCCUCUAUGCGGGAAUACAAUCCGACCUGGCUCUGGUCCUUGCAGGUGCGUGGGAUGACAAGGCCAACAUGCAUGCUUGUAAAAUUAAGGAAGCUGACUUGUGAAAUAACUAUUCUCACUAAUGGCCCAAAUAGCCACGAUGGAAUUUUUCAGAUUGCUCAGUUUUUGGAUUUUGCACCCCGAUUGGAGACACUAGAACUGCAUAUGUGUUAUUCUGUCGAGAUUGGCGGAAGCUGCUGGUGUGACGAAAGUGAAGUCUUCCCUAUGCGCCGACUUGAUCACCUCAAAACGGUCUACAUGAGCGGGUUCAGGUGCUACCGGCCUCAGAUCGAGCUGCUGCUUGGCAUUCUGGAAAACGGUGAUGUGCUUGAGCAUGUAACCAUUGAACCAAUGGUGAAACUAGAUAAAAAUCCUGAUGACAAAAUAAAUAUAGGCAUACCUGAGGACAGUAUUUGUGCCUGGGCACGCCUCGCUUCCCAACGCUUUGGUAAAGACAUUGUUGUCGUCAAAGCCCCUCGACGGCGGAUUUGUAAAUGGGUUGGUGGCUGGAGUAUUAAGGCUAAGUAAGUAUUAUAAGCAAAGGUGUGCUGUGUACUAAUGUUUCCAUGAGAGACAGUAAAUUAUGUCGUCUGAGUUAAGAUUUAUAUACGAUAAUGGAAGACCUGGACUCCUGGAGUGAGUUAUUUAAUUUUGUUUUAUCGUCGGAUCUAGUAAGAGUUUGAUUGGCUACUAUCAUCCAGCCGUCUAGAUUGGUGUAUACCUCCAUUUUCUUUGUUGGUAAUGUAACUUUGAAUUUCAGAUCACUUUGUGCUUUAAUUAAUGUAUUACAAAGCUCAAA